GCGAUCGGCAGUGCGCUGUGUCCCUCAGACACAGCGGAUCACCGAAAGAGCCGAAGAUGUUGGCUCGGUCAUGUGAUCAGCUGUGUCCAAUCACAGCUGAUCACAUGGGACAUGUACACGGAUCAUCAGGGCACUGAUGAUCAGUGUGCCCUGAUCAGUGUAGCCCCAGCAGCGCCACCUGUCAGUGUCCAUCAGUGCCUCGUGCCAGUGCCCAAUCAAUGCCACAUAUCAGUGCCUACCAGUGCCCAUCAAUGCCACAUAUCAGUGCCCAUCUGAACUGCCUUUCAGUGCCACCUAUCAAUGCCAAUCAGUGCCACCUAUCAGUGCCGCCUAACAGUGCCAGUCCAGUGCCGCCUAACAGUGCCAUGUAUCAGUGCUGCCUUUCAGUGCCCAUCAGUGA